AUGAACGAAGUCACUUGUUCCGUAACUAAUGGUAAUCCAAUUGAUAAGAUCAACAAUGAACUAAGGUUGAAAUGGAAUAAUCUGAGUAAAUUCUCCGAUUUUCAGACUAACGGUAGCGCCGCACGAAAUGCCAAUACAAUAGAGUAUAUCUUUACCAACUGUCAAAAAAGCAACAGUACCAGUAAGAUAGAUUUCCAGGUCGCAUUACCGGUAGAUAAACCCAAACAUGGUGGUAGUAGCGGAAAAGAAUUGUCAGGACUUGAGAACCAAUGGUCAAAGGAAUUCUCUUGUUUUCACAGGAAUAAAAGUGCCGAUGUGGCUAAGCCUGGUACAAAGAAGCAUGAGAAAUGCCCCAUAAAAUUUCACGAUAAGCAUUUUGCACCUUACCACAGUACAGCGUAUCACCAAAACCGCAUAUAUCCUUGUAGAAAAUCUUACAAUGAGAGCUCAUCUGUUUCUAAUGGCUGGGAAUCUCAGUUCAAAUUAAUUGAAAGCCAGUUAAUAAAUGACCUAACAAUAGAAAACAAUGUAGAAGAAAAAAACAUUGGUUACGAAUAUGUGGCAGAAUACGAAGAAACAAUAGGUUUCAAACAUAGGCUGUUAUCCGUACCGCAAACAUAUCAAUUUCUAAAAUCGAACAUCUACUUAAGCGAACGGGACCCAUAUAAAAUAGGAUGUGUACUAAUGGAAAACGGUUCCAAUUUGAACGAAGUUGUGAUGGCGUUUGAAGCAGCCAUCUCACAAAAUCCGGAUCAUGUAAAUGCAUGGCUAAAGUUAGGUGUAGUUAAUAUUGAAAAUGAAAGCGAAAGCAAUGGUGAGCUUGCUUUGCGAAAUUGCUUGAACUUGGAUCCAAAUAAUACGCUUGCAUUGGAAAGUUUAGCAAUUCACUAUGUAAACCAACAAAAUGAACCAGAGUCCUUGAAGCUUUUUCAUAAAUGGAUUCUUUCAAAAUUUUCAAAGUUUUUACAUCCUUUUACAGGAAAAGACGAGAACAGCGUCAAUAAAAUCCCGGAAAAGUCUCAUUUAGUGCGUAUUCUGGAAUCUUUGUUGAAUAUGGGUAUAAAAAAAACAGACCAAUAUGAUGUAUAUUCAGUAUUAUCAGUCUUAUAUUAUUCCGAUCAGAAAAUACAGCAGUCUCGGGAAUGUUUGGAGUUCUUACUAUCGGAGUGGCCCAAUAAUGGAAUAAUAUGGAAUAGAUAUGGAGCAAUUUUAGCCAAUACUGAGUCAUAUCACUCUGCAAUAAAUGCGUACAAUAAAUCCAAACAACUAAGACCGAAUUUUACAAGGGUGCGUUAUAAUUUAGCAAUUGCCUACAUGAAUAAAGGUGAAUAUGUAAAAGCAAGCAAAAUGUUGAUUGAAGUUAUAUUGUUACGAAGUAAUGGAUAUGAACACAACAAGGCAAAAAUGCAAAACAAAUUUAUGCAAAAUCUAAAAAAUGCUCUAAUCGCUUCAAAAAAAUUUGAUUUUCUUGAUUUAAUAAAUGGCUCUCACAAUGUAGAAUCGUUAUUAUCAACCUUAAAAACUAUAUAUAACAAGAUGGGUUAG